AAUAUUUUUAAAUAUUUUUUUUUCAGCCCGUUGUCAUUUUUAAAUGAUGCUCAUACUCGGAUUUGGGUUUAUAGUAUUGUUUCUACACUGAUUAUUAGUAUUGCUCCAUUCGCCUUACUGGUGUUUAUUCCACUUCAAAGUAAUGCUGCAGAAAACGAACCAUUGUUAAAAAUAUUAUUAAGUUUUGGGUCCGGUGGUCUUCUUGGUGAUGCAUUUCUUCAUUUGAUUCCACAUUCUCAAUCUAAUAAUCAUAAUCAUAGCCACGAUGAUGGAACUAAAGGUCAUUCACAUGGUUCUCACGAUCUUAGUGUUGGGGGAUGUGUUCUUGCGGGAAUAAUUGCUUUUCUAAUUGUGGAAAAAACUGUACGAAUUGUGCGAGGUGGUGAUGGGCAUGGGCAUUCACACUCAUAUGAGGAUUAUAAUUCGAAAAUUGGUAAAUUAAAGAAGAGCGAAAAAGAUAAAAUGGAAGGUGAAAAAAAGGAAUUAGAUGGGUGUAAAUCAAAACCAAAUUUUCGUGUUGCUGCUUAUCUAAACCUUGUUGCCGAUUUUGUUCAUAAUUUCACUGAUGGUUUGGCUAUCGGAGCCUCUUAUUUGGCUGGGACAACAAUAGGUUUCGUAACAAUGAUCACUGUUCUUGUACAUGAAGUCCCGCAUGAAAUUGGUGAUUUCGCCAUACUCGUGCAAUCAGGAUUUUCGAAAAAAAAGGCUAUGUUUGUUCAACUCUUAACAGCUGUUGGCGCAAUAAUUGGGUGCAUUCUCUCGUUGAGUACAGCUAACACCUAUGAUCUUGACACUGCGUCUUCCAGCUGGGUUUUACCAUUUACUGCAGGUGGUUUUAUAUAUAUUGCUACGGUUUCUGUAAUUCCCGAAUUAUUAGAAAAGAGUUCUACAAUGCAGAGUAUCAUGGAAAUUUUUGCGUUGCUUUUUGGCAUCUGGUCGAUGUAUUUAAUUGCACUUUUUGAAUAG